AAAACGUUUUUUUUUUAAAUUUUCCAAAAAAUAAUUUGGUCAGUCGUCUUUCACGCGGAUCACAAUUUUGCCGGUUGCGUGGCCGGCCCUCAGCUCCGCAAACGCGUCCUGCACGCCCUUUUCAGUGAACGGAUACUCGGUGACGACAACCUUCAGGCGGCCGUCCUCCAGAAGCGGAUUGAACGAGUCCUCCAGAUCGCAGCCAUCCGGUACCACGGACGCAUACAGAUACUCGACUUGUUUCGCGCGAAACCCCCUGGUCAAAUACCAAGCGACGCACGCCACAAUGCACUUCAGCGCCAGCAGCCUCAGCCACUGCCACAGGGACAGCGGCACACCCGGCUGCUUAAAAUCGUCAAUCGCCCGCGCAUCCGGCACCAUCGCCACAGAAACAACGCGGCCACCAGAACGCGCCACCUUGUACGCCGCAGAGUCACCAAUAGUGUCCAAAACGACAUCCGCUUAUCCUCCAGUACCUCCGUGUAGUCGCACCCAGUGUACUCCACCACGGCAACGCCUUGGGGAGCAAUUCCUUUGCCUUGCGCGCCUUGUCCGCGGACACCGUCACGGUAAGUCUGUAACGCCAAAGUGCAGCUGCGCCAGCUGCACGGCGAACAAGCCGACGCCGCCCAUGCCGCCGCUGACCACCAGCCGGUCGCCAGCCUGCAACCGCGCACGCACCAAUGCUUGCUUCGCCGCUAGCCCAGCCACCGGCACCGCGGCAGCAGCGACAAACCGCACUGUAUCCGGUAUCCGCGCGAGAUUCUCCUCCUCCGUCACGGCGAAUUCUGCCACGGUGCCGGCUUGCUCGUUGCGCACCCGGCCGUAGACGCGGUCGCCUGGGGAAAAGCGCCGGACGCCCGAGCCGAUUGCUGUGACGGUGCCGGCGAGAUCGUAGCCGAGCUGUAAUGGGAAUGGCUCGGGCAGUGGGAUCGCCAGCAUGCCCUCGGCGCGCUUGCUGUCUAAGGGAUUAAUCGACGCUGCGUGCACUUGGACAAGCACCUGGAGCGCCGUGGGCGAUGAGGCUGUGGGCGCGAGACGAUGGUGUAGUCUGACGGGUU